AUGGUACAAAGCCAAUGGAUUUCUUUUCGUUUGGUCGUAAAUCAUCACUGGUCCAAAAUGCCUGCUCACCCGCCUGGUGGCUGCCUCCCUGUCGGACAGCUGGCCCCUCUCUUCAGGGGUCAUUUUUUUUCUCGCAAUAGGCGCCGGCUGAUGGUUGCAUCAGCAGCAUUGACUGGUUGUGCUAGACUGCUACAGCAUAGCAGGGAACAGACGGCGACUCGCCAGUGGACCACAGCUUCACGUCGUGGGUCUCACUGGAAGAGCGUGUCAUCAGGCCCAAUCCUCGUCUAUUGCAGAUAUCGUAUCCAAGGAUGUUCCACCUUGGUUCACGCGGUUGCACCGAAAACACAUUCCAGCCUCUCACCACAGCCAGCCAGUCAGACUGAAUAUCAGCCUGGCGGCUUCCCCCUAAUAGGGAGACAGUCCGAAAUCAAAACUAUUUAUCGACAGAUUAUGUAA